AAGUCAACACUUAAAUUACGCACAUUAUUCUGCUACUCUUGUGACUUAUCUUACGAACUUACACAUUCAUGAGCUUUAAAUAGUUUAAUAAAUUAUUGUUUUUAGCCAAAUAAAUAAAUUAACAUUUUGUAUAUAUUUCAUUCAUUUAGUGAUUGAGCUACAAGAAAAAAAAUGGAUGGAAAACUCGAAAAAUCUCUCCGUUCAAGCUCCAUGCCUUUGAUUUCUAGGCUUGAUCACUUGGAUUCUAUGAUGUAUGGUUUGGAGGGUAAGAAGUAUUCAUCAGCUAGAUGGGGUUGUGAAGGUAGUGCACCAGUUUUUGGGGUUUGGACAAGAUCAGAAAGUGUUCCAUUGGACUUUGCUGUCAAAGAGGCCCAAUCCAAAGGUUCAAUUUUGGAUCGAAUUACGUCUCUUGAGGAACGAUUAAUCCAGGUAAUACAAGAGAUCGAGCAAAAUUCUAUUCGUAAGACAGAACUAGAAGUUAGCGGCGAAUUAGCUUCUCAAGAGAAGAAAAUUAGUAGGAAGACUACUAAUAAGUUUGAAAAAGGUUCUCCAAAACAUAAGAAAAUGUUCCCUACUAGAUUGUUUCAUUUAAGAUCAUUGUUAGGCUGCUAAAGUUGCAUAUCACGUUUGCUAUUAAGAUCAAUCGAAAAUAAUUUUUUUUGUUCGUUUUAUAUUAAUAAAAGUUAUAUUGAAUACAUCCCAUCUUCCAUUGUUACAAUGGGUAGCAUAGGUUACCCAUGUUUUUUUUAAAAAUAAUUUUCUUUUUUGAAACCAUGUAAUUCCUCUGUUCUAUUAUAUUGGCUACAUUUGACUUUUUAUGCAAUAUAAUA